CCUCCGAAGACAUAUACACACAUACACACAUCAAAAUGCCUUUCGUUCCCGUGGAAACUCCCAAGUGCCCAGCAUGCGGAAAGUCGGUGUAUGCCGCUGAGGAGCGCGUGGCUGGUGGCUACAAGUUCCACAAAACAUGCUUCAAGUGCAGCAUGUGCAACAAGGCUCUGGACUCCACAAACUGCACCGAGCAUGAGAAGGAACUGUUCUGCAAAAACUGCCAUGGACGAAAAUACGGACCUAAGGGUUAUGGUUUCGGUGGUGGUGCCGGCUGCCUGUCCACGGACACUGGCGCUCACCUCAACAGAGAGUUUGUUCAACCGAAAAUUCCGCCACAAGCGCCUGAUGGGUCAGGCUGUCCCAGGUGUGGUGUGGCGGUUUUUGCAGCCGAGCAAAUGCUUGCCAGAGGAAAGGGUUACCAUCGCCGAUGCUUCAAGUGCGUACAAUGCAACAAGACACUAGACUCCACUAUUCACUGUGAUGGCCCAGAUAAAGAUAUCUACUGUCGAGGAUGUUAUGCCCCAAAGUUCGGCACCAGAGGCUAUGGACAGCUUAAUGGCUUAAUGUCCGACAUUAAAGAUUGCGAGUGGCAAAGUGAACUGGCUCCGAAAACCGCUGCCAUAAACGUGGAUCAAAUUCAGGCGCCAUUGGGAGAGGGAUGUCCAAGAUGCGGAGGUGUGGUGUUCGCCGCCGAGCAGGUCCUGUCGAAGGGCAGGCCUUGGCAUAGAAAAUGCUUCAAGUGUCGGGACUGCACAAAGACCCUCGACUCCAUUAUUGCGUGCGAUGGUCCGGACAACGACGUCUACUGCAAGACGUGCUAUGGCAAGAAGUGGGGGCCGCAUGGCUAUGGCUUUGCAUGUGGAUAUGGAUUCCUUCAAACCGAUGGGGUUAGUGACGACGUAUCGCAGCGACCCUUCGUGUGUCCCGACACGACUUCGAUCAAGGCACCCGAGGGCGAGGGCUGCCCGCGCUGUGGUGGGGCCGUAUUUGCCGCUGAGCUCCAGUUGUCCAAAGGAAAGAUGUGGCAUCGAACGUGCUUUAGUUGUGCCAAGUGCCACCGACCCUUGGACUCAGUGCUGGCCUGCGACGGUCCGGACGAUAACAUCUACUGCAAACUGUGCUACGCAAAACUCUAUGGCCCCAAGGGCGUUGGAUACGGUCACACGCCAGCUCUGGUCUCCACGAGCUACGAAUAUACACCCACCAGUUGGGGUCAGCUUAAUCGUUGCGGUGGCCAGUCGGAGGACGGAUGUCCCCGAUGCGGAUAUAUAGUGUUCGCGGCCGAGCAGAUGAAGAGCAAGAAUAGCAUAUGGCACAAGCUGUGCUUCUACUGCUCGGACUGCCGUAAGUAUCUGGACUCGACCAACCUAAACGAUGGGCCCGAUGGCAACAUAUACUGUCGAUCCUGCUACGGCAAAAACUAUGGACCUAAGGGUGUGGGCUAUGGAAUCGGUGCAGGAACUUUGACCAUGGCCUAAACGAACCAAAGAGUGCGUUUACAAGACUGAACCAAGAAUGCCAACAAGCUCCAAAUGGAUAUUCUGGUUUUCAGUCUUUAAAUGGACACUUUGCAGGAGGCAGUGAAAUAGUUUCACUUAUUUUAAUCGAUUAAUUGUGCGAGUAGUAUUGUAUUUCUCCGAAUAGUUUCCUUUCAGUUUAUGUAUGGGAUAAAAGCUCCAAAGCCAUACAUACAUUUUUUUAAACUAAGCGUCGUUGGUGGUGAUUAUAUAUAACAACUACAGAUUGUAUACAUUCUUAACUUAAGUACGUAUAUCCUUAGAAGCGAACUAGAAAUGAUAUGUAUAUUAAUGGCGGUCGAAA